AUGGAGGCCUUUUUACUCUAGUUGAUAAGAAAGCCCUUACUAAAUUAGACUUAAAUCACUUUGACUAUGUCGCAACAGAUGAAGGAAAUAAAUGAUGAUGGUUCAAAAAGGGGGCUUUUUUGUAGAAAGAAGAUUAAAAUUGAUUAAAAUGAUAAUCAUCGAAAUUAUUUUGAUGGAAUUUCAAAAGUUAGAUGUGAAAAUGAGGAACAAAAGGAAGAAAAUUUAGGUAACAAAAAUGAUAUGAAUUUAUCAUUCGAGGAGUAGAAACAAGAUUUGAUAUUGGAAUAUCACUUAGAAAAUUCGAUUCAAUACAUUAGUGGUGAAACAUUGGUACUAUUUAAAAUGACAAUGUAGGUGCAAAACAUGAAAUUGAAUCAUGUGCUUCUAUACGAUUGUCGAUAUCAAUAUGAAUUUUAGGGUGGGCAUAUAAGAGGUGCAACCCAUCUGAAUCAUUUAAUAAAUUUAUCUGAAGAAUUAUUCGGAGUAACUCAAUAGUCAAAGAAAAUUGUGGUUUUGUAUUGUGAAUUUUCAAUAAAAAGAAGUAAAGAAAAAUAUUUCGAGAUUCGAUAAUUGGAUAGGAGCAUGAAUAUAUAUCCAAAGUUGACAUACAAAAACCUAUAUAUACUGUCAAAAGGAUAUUCAGAGUUUUAUAAAAAGUUUUAACAUAUGUGUAAUGGAUGUUACGUAAGGAUGGACGAUCCAACAUAUGAAUAGGAAUUGGAAUAAGAGGAGGAAAUUAGAAAUAUUGCUAAACAGAAAAAUAAAUUAAAAUAAAUAUAAAGAAUAACUGGUUGUUUAAUAUGA